GUGGACGUAAACAAGAUGUAAAGCACAAAAGAAAUGUUUGUGAGAGCGUUUUACCGUUUUUCGAGUGUAAUAUGGCCCUUUGAGGACCAGAUGGUGAAUUGAAAGAUGUGGUAUAGGAGUUAUAAGCACCGCGGAAAGAGAUAUUAUGCAUUUUUGAGCAGAUUACCAAUCCGCCAGUCCAGAUGCGAUGUGAAUACCAGACUAUGCUGAUGAGGAGCAGAAGCAGCAGAAGAAGCCAUCACCAGGAGCAGAAGCUGAGCUGGUGGAGAGCGUGAGAUAGAGUCGAGGGGCCGCUAUAGGCCGCCCAUCGGGUCGAUUCGAGCAUCGGGCUUAGCGGCGAUGCAUUGGCAAGCCGGGCAGCUGGCUGCCGCCCGAGGCGCGCUACUGUUGGCCUUCGUGCUACACCAUUGGUCCGCCUUGGCGACCAUGCCUACCAACGCCAAGUUCUACACGAUACAUUGGAACUCGUCCAAUCCCAUAUUUCGCAUCGAUAAUACAGACAAUAUCAUCGAUGUUAAUAGGAAUAAUAUGAAAUUUGAAUAUGAUCAGGUGAACCUGAUCUGUCCCGUGUACAUGCCAGGCACGCGGGAUGAAGAAAUGGAGAAGUAUAUAAUAUACAACGUGUCGAAAGACGAAUACGAAACAUGUAGGAUAACGAAUCCAAACCCUAGGAUAAUAGCUGUGUGCGAUAAGCCCUACAAGCUGAUGUAUUUUACAAUUACAUUUAGACCGUUCACACCUCAGCCUGGUGGGCUGGAAUUUCUACCAGGCCACGACUACUAUUUCAUCUCGACGUCGACGAGCGACGACUUGCACCGGCGGAUAGGCGGCCGGUGCACCACCCACAACAUGAAGAUCGUGUUCAAGGUGUGGGGCCCGACAACGGAGGCGCCGCCCAGCACCAGCCCCGCCCCUCCGACGCCAGCGUUCGUGCCGGCGCCGCCCCCUCCGAUGCCGUCGCGGCCGCCAGUCGUGCCGUGGUGGGGGGAGCCCAGCCAACGGCCGCCGCCGCAACCCACGGAAGCGCCUCCCACUCCGCAAGCACCGCCCACCACGAAGAAGUCCAAACCGUACGGCGGCAAACAUCCCAACGAGGUGGUCAAGAGCGAGGAACUGACUCUGGGCGGUGCCCGAUCCGUGCAAGUGGCCGGUGGUGUGUUGUCAGUGUGCGCUACCGCGAUCUUGCUGCCGAUGCUGCUUCGAUGAACGAUGCUAUAGAGUGCGAUGAUCGUGCCGUCUCCGUUCCAUAUUGCGCAGUAGCCUGCGGAUCGGUCCGAACAAUCACGUUUUGGAUUCGAGUUCUUAACGUACGACUAGGUGGAUGCUAGACAAAUCUUCUUUGGGGACUUAAAAUGUGCGUAAAGGUGGUGCGUACUUCUUGGAUUUUUCAGUAGAGUUAAAAAUGUGUCUGACCGGCCUGAGGAGUAGUUACGACUUUUUUGAAACGUCGAACGGUUCGUUGAGUAUACUUUUCUCUAUUUGAUACUUUGCUUGGCUUGACUGGUAUAAAAAUGAUAUGAAAUUCAUCUUUAGACCUUGCUAAAAUAUUAAAAAAGAAGCAGUCUUUAGAAAACUGCAUACAGACUGGGCCAUAAUUUCAAGUGAGGUUUACUAUUUUAUUUCCUAUAGCAUUAGUAACCUUUGGAAGGUAUCAUCUAUGGAGAAAAGUAUUUUCCAUUUCCAUAUUUUAAGGCAAUGCGCGAAUUAACUUUUCAAAACUCAUUUUGAAUUACUGGUUUUAAACAUAAACACAGCCUUUUUUUUUCGAAUUUCUUUUUUAUUCCAAUAUUAAACUCGUGUAAAAAUUUAAUUAUGAUUAAAUUUGAAACUUUUAUUUCAUAUUUCUAUGUAACAACUUUUGCUAUACCAUAACAUUUCAUAACUGUUAUAAACAUUUCCAGCCACACAUUUUAUGUUUUUACCUAAUUUUCGUUUAAACAAUGACGUUUUUUGACGGGCCACAAACAGAAGCAUCCUCCUAGUAAGUACUGAUAGACUAUAAUCCCCGGCGUAAUUGUUUAGAAACUUUCGCAUUCUAUUGUAUAUACAAUCUGUCCCAUACCGAACGUACUAUAGCUAUUACCGUAUGUACUGUUGUAUGUUGUCCCAUUCCCCCUUCACCAUAGUGUGCUGCCCUGACGAUGUUUUCAAUAAGUCUCGUCCUGGCUAAGAGAAAUCGAUUGUUCAUCUGUCUGUGUUCAUGAGAACGAUGACGUUUGUCGCAUGUUGGAUUGACAGGAAGAUAUGGAAGCUUUUUUCUAUAGAGGCAUUAUCAGUUCCUUAGACCCGUAUGGAACGUGCCUUUUGGCGAUGGAUAUGAAUUGUCUUAUAAAUCAAUAGUCUUCAUUCUUAAACUGGUUUUUCUUCAGGAUGACUAGUCCAGAGACUCUAAUACCUGAUUCCAAAUCUCAUUCUUAUUGAGUGAAACCAGAACGUACAGUAGCGGACGAAAGUUUGGAAACAUUCUUAGUAAUGGUGCGCUAAUGUUUUAUUCUUCUAUUGUUUUUCUCAUAUAGUUUGCUUACAGCCUCAUACAAAUGACGAUUUGUGUUUGCUGUGGUACUACAGACUAGCAUUAAAAUACCUUCAUAUUAUUUUAUGACCAAAAAUGAGAUGACAAAAGUAUGGAAAUAUAUUUUUUAUUACAAACUUAAAUACAAUAAAUCUACAAAAAAAUUUGAAAAAUACGGUUUAGCUAAUAUAUGGUAGCAUACCCUUUAGCAUUUAACACUUCCUGACAUCUGUUGCUCAUAGAAGACACCAUUUUUGUACAGAUGUCUGUUGG